AUGGCGCUUUGUCAGUUCCCAGUGAAUUCUCACACUCUCUUCUCUUUAUCGUCUUUUUCUCUUCAACCAAAUCGUCUUCAACCUCACGAUUCCCAUGUGAAGUCCAGUUUUUGGUUUCCUAGACUCAGAUAUUUCAGUUUCAAUCACGCUUUUCGGUUCGACAACCGAGAAUUCGGUGCCAUCGAGGCCGCCAUUGAUAUCGACACCCACAGGAGGACGAAGAAGAAGAGGAAACCUAGACCGGGAUUUUUUGAGGAGAUUCGUGACAAAUGGUCUUCCAGAAUCAGCCCCAGAACUGAGAAACUCCCAUGGCAGGAGCGGGAAGAUCGAAUUCAGCAUCAGCCACAACGAUAUCAUGAAGAAGAAGAAGAAGGAUCGUCUUCUGGGUUUAGUUUAUCUCGUAAGGAAACCGAGUCAAGUCGCCGAUAUUUGGCGAGUGACCCGUUGAGUUUCCCAAGGCCGAGUGGCUUCAUGUCUGCUCCAUGGGUUAACGGGUCUAAGCCAGGGAAGUUCGAGUCUAGUUCUAGUUCUGGUAGUGAGGCCAAUGCAAAUGGAUUUAAAAAGGUUUUCGAUUCUGAUGAUAGGGCUGUAGAUGAUAUCCUUGAGGAAUUAAGUGAAUCAGAUGACGAUGGAUUCGAAUCUUCAAGAGCUCGAGGAUCAUCGGGUUCAGAUAGUUUGGGUAAAAAGGGGUUAGUUUCAGGCAAAGAGAAGGGAAUAUGGAGGAGGAACAACACGAAACUGGCUGAAAGAAUGGUACCAGACUACCAGUUGCAAAGGCUUAGAAAUGUUGCUUUGAGAAUGCCUGAGAGAAUCAAAGUAGGGUCAGCCGGAGUUACACAGGCAUUGGUUGAAGUGAUUCAUGAGAAAUGGAAGGUUGAUGAAGUUGUGAAGUUGAAAUUCCGAGAGCCGCUUUCUCUCAAUAUGAAGAGAACCCACGAGACUUUGGAGAAGAAAACCGGGGGUUUGGUAAUAUGGAGAUCAGGAAGCUCAGUUGUGUUGUACCGAGGAAUGAAUUACAAACUCCCGUGUGUUCAGUCAUUUAUUAAACAAAAUUUUCCGGAUAGAAGAAUUUCACAGCAUUUAGAGGGCCGGGGAAAUGCAGAGGCGAGUGAUUCUGUCCAAACUACCGAGCUCUAUAUAGCCGAAACUGAAAAUCACCCAAAGGAUAUACCCAAGGAACAAUUGUCUGAGCUCUGUGAACUGAACCAUCUGUUGGAUGAGCUUGGUCCAAGGUUUCGUGAUUGGACAGGACGUGAUCCAUUGCCUGUUGAUGCAGACUUGCUCCCUCCCAUAGUUCCGGGGUAUAAGGCCCCGUUUCGACUUCUUCUUCGCGGAGUAAAACCUUGCUUAUCUGACAAGGAAAUGACAGAAUUCCGUAGGCUUGCUAGGACAAUGCCACCACAUUUCGCUCUUGGUAGGAAUAGGGAGUUACAGGGUCUGGCUAAGGCUAUAGCUAAGCUAUGGGAAAGUAGUGCUAUUGCAAAGAUAGCCAUCAAGCGUGGUGUGGAAAAUACCCGGAAUGAGAGAAUGGCCGAAGAACUUAAGAGGCUCACUGGGGGUAUACUCUUGUCGAGAAACAAGGAGUUCAUUGUCGUCUACAGAGGCAAUGACUUCUUGCCCCCUGCAGUUGCAGAGGCAUUGACCGAGAGGCAAAAUGAGUUAACCGAGGUUCUGCAAACUGAAGAGGACCGAGCUCGGGAAUUGGCGGGAAUAAGAGUCACAUCAUCUCAAGCUAAAUCAUCUAAAAUUCCGAAGAUGAUUGCUGGUACAUUGGCUGAGACUAUAGCUGCAACUUCACGGUGGGCACCUGAACCAAGCAGUGUGGAUAUCGACAAGUUGAAGAGAGAAUCAGCUGCCAUUAAAAGGGCUUCAAUCAUUAGAGAUCUUGAGCUUAGGCUACUUUAUGCAAAGCGGAAGUUCAGAAAAGCUGAGAGGGCUUUGGCCAAAGUGCAAAGGGACCUUGAACCAUCAGAGCUCCCGAGUGAUUCAGAAAUAAUUACCGACGAGGAGAGACUUCUUUUUCGAAAGAUGGGUCUGAGUAUGAAACCUUAUCUUCUUGUUGGGAGAAGGGAAGUGUAUGAUGGUACAAUAGAGAACAUGCAUUUACACUGGAAACAUCGGGAGUUAGUGAAAAUUAUCGUGAGAGGGAGAACUCUACCGCAGGUUAAGCAUAUCGCUAUCUCUUUGGAGGCUGAGAGUGGCGGAGUGUUAGUAUCUGUCGAUAAUACCACGAAAGGGUAUGCGAUUAUUCUAUAUCGUGGGAAGAACUACCGGAUGCCAUAUAAACUAAGACCUUCAAACCUAUUGUCGAGACGACAGGCUUUGGCUAGAUCCGUAGAGCUUCAAAGACGAGAAGCACUGAAACAUCAUAUUGCAGACCUUGAGGAGAGGAUCGAGCUGUUGAAGAACAGCAAGGAUUUGGAGCCAGAAACUGGCAGGAAAUCCGAUGAAGAGCAAGAAAACUUGUACUUGAGACUCGAUGAUUCUGAUUUGUCUUCUGAAGACACUGACGAGGACGAGGAUGAACCUUUGCAGCGGGAAUCAGAAACAGGCAGAAGAUAGAGUUGAACGAAUGCUUCUCUUGAAGAAAACGGAACUAACUCUUCAACGUUUCAAGCAAGAACCGGGGAAGGCGGCAGAACAGGAAAGACAGCAACGAAAGACGUAUCGUGUAGGAAUCACAGAUCUACUGCCUGUGCCGGGACACGGGAACAGGCAAGCAAAUGUAAGAAAGGUUUAUCAUCAAGUGCAAUCCGUGUCUUUAUGAACUCAAAAACAAGAGAUAUUACAACUCAGAUUGAUGUUUGUUGUGUAUAAAUACGACAAGUAGAAAGUUUGUGAAUUUUGAAUGUGUAUGAAGUUUUACUCUCUUAAUUGAAA